UUCUAUCCUUUCAGUUCCUCACGCCGUUUUCUCCUCCUUUUGGCUUUACAGCCCAGAAUACCCAAGCGUCGGCUGCGUCGCUGCUACUGCCGCUAGCUACGCCGGUCUAGCUUCGCCCUUACCAAGCUUGACUUACGAUACGCGCAAGCCACUUCCGGCGCUAUGAAGAAUCCCGUGGGCUGGCUGCGCCCAAGCGAGGCACCUGUCGCUGAACAGGAAGUGCCAUCCGAGAAGGCGGCGAACGACAAGGAAGCCAACCACGCCAGCAAUGCCGUCAAUGCUGCCGAUACCGACCGCGAUUCGGAUGAGAUCUCGGUGAACGCCCAGGCCGGCGUGCAGGAUGUCGAAGCCUUCGCCAAGGUCUGGACCAAGAGAGAUCUCAUCUUGGCCUAUGUCACCAUCUGGUGCAUAUUCUUCGUCGACGCCAUGCAGCAGGGCAUGUCCACCAGUCUCACGCCGUACGUGACGAGCGCGUUCCAGAGCCACUCCCUGACGGCGGCCACGAGCAUCUUCUCCAGCCUCAUCGGCGGGCUCUUCAAGCUGCCCCUUGCCAAGAUCCUCGAUAUCUGGGGCCGGCCACAAGGCUUCAUCGUCAUGAUGAUCUGCCUGACCAUUGGCCUCGCCAUGAUGGCCGGCUGCAACAACGUCGAGACCUACGCGGCGGGCCAGGUGUUCUACUGGGUUGGGUACAACGGCAUCACCUACUCCAUCUCUAUCUUCAUCGCCGACACCUCGGCCUUGAAGAACCGAGCCCUGAUGUUUGCGUUCGCCUCGUCCCCCUACAUCAUCACCGUCUGGAUUGGUGGCCCUCUCGCGAACGCCUUUCUCAACGGACCCGGCUUCAGAUGGGGUUUCGGAGCCUUCGCCAUCAUCACGCCCUUCAUCUGCUCGCCGCUGCUCGUCCUGUUCUACAUCAACUACCGUAAGGCCCGGAGAAUGGGCCUUAUCCCGGACCGCAACAGCGGCCGCACCUGGAUGCAGUCCUUCAAGCACUACUUCAUCGAGUUCGAUAUCAUUGGCCUGAUCCUCAUCACCGCGGGGUUGGCUCUCUUCCUCCUCCCCUUCAACCUCUAUAACAGACAGCCCGAGGGAUGGAAGUCGCCCAUGAUCAUCGCCUUCUUCAUCGUCGGCGGCCUGCUACUGAUCGGCUUCGCCCUGUUCGAGCGCUACCUGGCGCCCAAGACCUUCAUCCCCUACGAGCUGCUGAUGGACCGCACCGUGUUCGGCGCCUGCAUCCUCGCGGGCGCGCUGUUCGUGUCCUUCUACAUCUGGGACAGCUACUUCCCCUCGUUCCUGCAGGCGGUCAACAACCUGGACAUCACCAAGUCGAGCUACGUCACCAACAUCUACAGCAUCGGCUCGUGCUUCUGGUCGCUGGUGGUCGGCGUCGCCGUGCGCGCCUCGGGCCGCUUCAAGUGGCUGGCGCUCUACUUCGGCGUGCCCGUCACCAUCCUGGGCGUCGGGCUGAUGGCCCACUUCCGCCAGCCGGACGUCAACGUCGGCUACAUCGUCAUGUGCCAGAUCUUCAUCGCCGUCGCCGGCGGCACGCUGGUCAUCUGCGAGCAGAUGGCCGUCAUGGCCGCCACCACCCACCAGUACAUCGCCGUCGUGCUCGCCGUCGAGGCCAUGUUUGCCAACGUCGGCGGCGCCAUCGGCUCGACCGUGGCCGGCGCCAUCUGGAACGGCGUCUUCCCCAGGAAGCUGGCCGCGCACCUCCCCGCCGAGUCGCAGGGCGCCCUGACCGACAUUGUCGGCUCGCUCAACGUGCAGCUGUCGUACCCCGUCGGCUCGGCCACGCGCACGGCCAUCCAGCAUGCCUAUGGCGAUACCCAGCGGCUGAUGAUCAUAGCUUCGACCGUGGUUCAGGUCAUUUCGCUGGUGUCGGUCAUUGUGUGGCGGGAUAUCAAGGUCAAGGAUUUCAAGCAGGUUAAGGGGUUGGUUGUGUAGGGUUCUCUUUUGUGUGUUCAAAAAUUGGUGUCGGGGGUUUUGUUGUUGCGCAGCGUGGGCCGGUUCUGAUAAGUUUGUGUGGCUUAUGACUUAAGAUACCCGGAUUACACUACCUU